AUCUACUCUUGAGUCUUGAUGGAACUAAUGUUGUAGGCUAGCACCAGAGCACAGGCGUGAUAUAAUUAUUAUGGUGUGUGUGUCGUGUCCAAAACAGCCGGAGUCGAGAAGUAAAAACAGCAGAAAUAAAAUGAUCGGUUGGACCACGGUGUAUCGACCGCGCUCCAGUUCGGCGCGUGAACCCGGAGCGCCUCAGUUGCAGUUUCUGCCGAGUGAUGGCUAGUUGUAGUGACUAGUGUUUUCUGGGCUCCGAAAUAGUUUGCUGGUCAGACGUACGAUCACGAGUCUGGUUCGUGAAAAAAAAUGGUUUGCAUCUCGGCUUGAUUUGAUUGAUCAAAGUAGUACACAAACGCGCACGCACACUAGUUUGCGGUGAGUAAGCCAAGCCGUGACCAAGCACAGCAAACUGGCAUUUUGACGUUGGCGGUUGUCCCGGUCCGGGAACAGGAGUAUAGCUGUUACAUUGAUAGUGACUAAGCUUGUAAGGCAGCCUAAAGUUAGCUAAACAGCCCACCGUGCCGGCGUAAAAUCAUGGCUGACUCACCGCCUGCAGCGGCGCAUCCCAGUAUGACGCCGUGCAACGUAUGCAUCCUUGGAGCUGGCUGUAUUGGUCUGGCAUCGGCCAGAACAUUGGCCGAGCGAGUGCAGGAGCGUGACUAUGCACAGCAGGUGAAGAUCACGAUUGUGGCGGAGAAAUUCCACCCGCACACGACAAGCAACGUGGCGGCGGGCAUAUGGGAGCCUUACGAUGUGAAAACUGAUCCCGUCGAACAAGGCGAGCGCUGGAGCAUGGAGACAUUGCGCUGGAUGCGCUCGACGUUCCAGUCGGAUCCGAACACGGCGCGGCAAGAAAUGGGGAUUUUCCCCUGUGUUCUGCACGAUUGCCAUAGCAAAGAUGAUGGUGAUACAAGCCGCAAGCGUGACCCGAGCCCUGAUCAGUUUCCCGUCCUCGAGCGGCUCGGCUGUGACGUUGUGCGAAUGACCGACGAUGAGCUGGAAAACUACCGCGCAUACGGCAACGUGAGCUGCUUCAAGCUCCAGACAAUGAUCGCGGACACCAGUCGCCUGCUGCCGUGGCUGACACGGGAGUGCGAGCGCUAUGGUGUUACGUUUCGCAUGCAAACAGUGAAGCGACUGGAGGACCUUGGCACAGAGUUUGACGCCGUCAUCAACUGCUGCGGGCUAUCGGCCAAAUCGCUACUGGGGGACGAGGACAUGUUUCCGGCGCGAGGUCAGGUGGUGCGAGUGCGAGCACCUUGGGUGAGCCAAGCGGAAGUCGUCCUAGCUAGCGACGGCACGCUGACGUAUGUUAUUCCGCAGGUUGACUGCGUGGUGUUGGGCGGCUUCUACCAGCGCGGCAACUGGAGCGAGGAGGUGAGCGACGAAGAGACGGCUGCGAUACUGCAGCGCUGCGUUGCACUGCAUCCGCGGCUGGCGCAGGCGCCGGUCCUGAGGGUCCAAGCAGGACUGCGGCCGGGACGUACGUCCGGCAUGCGUUUAGAAGCCGAGCAGCUCGUGCUGCACCGCCAAACAUCCUCCAGUGCAACGACCAGCGGCAGCAGUGGCGCGGCCGAGUGUGUCUCGACCGGGCAGCGUAGUCGGAGCGACGACGCUAGCCUGUUCGUAGUGCACAACUAUGGGCAUGCCGGCUGUGGCGUGACCGUUCACCGCGGCUGUGCGCUGGACGCUGCCCGACUCAUGCUGGACUGGCUGGACAAGGCGUUCAGUGCCACCGAGCAGGGCUUGGGGUAGGAGCAGGCAAGCUUCUCUGAACAAGAAAACACCUGAUUCUCUUCAUAUUAUUAUUAUUAUAAGCACUAUCGCGAUGUAAGCGGGGAUGCCUACUUCACUUGUGCCAUUCAGGAUGAUGAUAAAGAGAAAGAGAAACAGAAAGCUCAGAAUCCUGAGGAACAAUGCUGUAGAGCAGAAUAGCUGUGAUCGAUUGGAUGCACUACAGAAAGGUGAAAAUUAUUAGUUCAUUGAUAAUAGCUGGUGAGUUGUCUCGUCAUUUCUGAAUAUGACAUAAUUAUCUUUUUUCUAUAAUUACUCAAUCUGCGGACAGAAGUGUUUCGUCCUUUCUGGACUCUUCAGAAUAACUAUGAUUUUAAAUUUGGAAUUGUGUUGAGGAAGAGGA